AUGUACUUGUUCGAAAAGGCGACAAGAGCAUCGUUCACAAAGUGGUAUGGUAAUCGGAGAAGUGUCUUGAAAGUACACUCAGAUCCUAAAAUAAUAUGUGUUGUCUCGCAUUCUAUGGAUAAGUACUCCAUUCCGCCCAAUUAAAUUUUGUGGCCGAUUUGAAUGAUUGCAAUGAUGCCAGUUGCACAAAGAACCUCUUUUGAGCUUCCUUCACCUUACUCGUAAAAUAUUUUUGCAAAAUCAGAGUCUGUGAGAUAUUUUCUGUCAAUGACAUGAUUAUGUGCUCUAACAUCUAUGAUAUACAUAGGUCCUUGAAUGAGUGGCAAUUUCAUAUAUUUCUUUUAUGUUUUUGAAGUUUAGUGGCCGUUCAUGAUACCAGUUUUCAUUUUACAUGGCUUUUACCGUUUUAAAUCUACUUCGGUUUUCAGCGAUAAUACUGGUCGGCCCAUGGAUCUGAUCGACGGUUUAUGGGCAUUUAACGUCCUCAUCAUAUCAGCGGGCACCAUAACAACAGCAUAUUUUGUGUACACAGUGCGCAGAUGUCAGUCUCUGCAUCCAAAUCUGCGCUUUUAUUUAGUAAGAACAUUCCGUUGCGUUCUGAAUUACAAAUUUCUUCAGAUUCAAAUAGUAAUUCCCCUUAAUUUUGUCGGGAUCUCUCGAUUCUUCGGCUUCCUCAACGAUCAUUACAAAUGGUUCUCACAUAACAGCGACUAUUGUAUUCUUAUUGGAAGUCUGAAUGUCUUCUCCACAGGCCUUGGGGAUUGCAUAAUGCUGGCGAUUGUAACCGAGAGAUCUAUCGCAACCUGUCAGCGCAGCCAUUACGAGCACAGAAAUGCUGGAAUGGCAAAGAUUUAUUGUUUCUUUAUGGUUGCAUACGGCGUGGUAUAUGUGGGGAUCUGUUGGUACUGCGCUGGAAAACUUGAAGGUGAUAUCUAGAUAUGGUGAUACGUAAACAUUACCUGGAUUAUGCCAUCUUACAUUGCAAUUUUAGAAGUCUUUCCGCAAAGAUGUAUGAUCCUCGAUCGCCAUCCCAUUCUGGACGCCUUAGGUUUUUCAAUGUGCGGCUUCUUUUCUUUUACCUGCGCUCCUUUUAUGGCCUACCUCUACAUUUAUAACCAAAAACUGAUCGCUAAUCGUCAAGUAAUGGAAUCCCUUACCUCCCGAUUCCAAGUCAACGAAAAUGUCAUAGUUUUGAAGUGUUUUCUACCAGUGUUCGUCAUUUGUUUCGCUGUUUACGGAGGUCUAGGACUCUCAAGUAUAGCUGCAUCAGGCAUUAUGUCAAAGGUUAUGGAAAACCCCGACUUAUGGCUCCUGGAUGCACUUGCCCACGUAAGUUCCGUAAACAUCAUGUUCACAGUUUUACUUACACGUAAAUUUGACUUCAAGAGGGGUGCGAACAAGAAUUCAACUCUGUUCUUGUAGCUAAACUUUACUUUUAUUAUUUCACAAAAAGCAUUGAAGGUGGUUUAUUGUAAAGACUACACAAUUCAAGAGUAGAUUGUAUGUAUAAUAUGUACAAUUCGCAGGUGUCUCAUAUCUUCGUGGACUCCGUUUGCCUGACAUUUGAGAUAAUUUUUAUGGUGUGCCAUCCAACCAUACAGAGUCGAGUGGCCAAGGACCUGGCCAAUUGGUUUCCUCAAAUCUAUCCAGAAGACUUUUUGUUAAGAGAAAAGCAAAGGAAAUGUGUAAAAGAAGGGAUUGGAAACAGCGACGACUACUUCAACCAAUAUGAAACUCUGUGGAAGUAA